UAUUGGUCAAAUCUCUCACACCCAUUUUCCACUGACCAAAUCUAUCCAAGUUGAAGGUGAAAUUAUUUUCCUACUUCGUCCAUUAGACUGAACAGCGGUUUGUCCCCGGUUGUUUUUCCGUUUUAGCUAACAAUUCCGCCUCGGUAAUAUUCAUCAUCAUGUCAUUAUUCGGUGAGGUUCCCCAAGCCACCCCAGUGGCGGUCUUCAAACUGUCGAAUGAUUUCAAAGAGGACCCGAACCCCAUGAAGGUGAACCUCGGUGUUGGAGCCUACAGGACAGAUGAGGGCCAGCCCUGGGUGCUGCCCGUGGUUAAGAAGGUGGAGAAGCUCAUCGUAGCAGACAACCGUCUGAACCAUGAGUACCUCCCCAUCCUGGGUCUGCCUGAGUUUAGGUCCUCUGCAUCCAAGAUCGCCCUGGGAGAAGACAGCCCUGCCAUCCAGGAGAACAGGGUGGGAGCGGUGCAAUGUCUGGGGGGUACAGGUGCUCUGAAGAUGGGGGCUGAGUUUCUCAGACGCUGGUACAAUGGGAACGACAACAUGAAAACACCUGUCUACGUCUCAGCGCCAACCUGGGAAAACCACAACUCUGUGUUUGCCAACGCUGGGUUCGAGGACGUCCGUCCCUAUAAGUACUGGGACGCAGAGAAGCGGGGACUGGAUCUUGCCGGUUUCCUAGGUGACCUGGAGACUGCACCAAAGCAUUCCAUCUUCGUAUUGCACGCGUGUGCCCACAACCCCACCGGCACAGACCCUACACACAUGGAGUGGACGCAGGUGGCUGAGGUCAUGAAGAGGAGGAAGCUGUUUGUGUUCUUUGACUCUGCGUACCAGGGCUUUGCGUCAGGCUGUCUGGAUAAGGAUGCAUGGGCAGUGCGCUACUUUGUCACCCAGGGCUUUGAGAUGUUCUGUGCCCAGUCCUUCUCCAAGAACUUUGGCCUUUACAAUGAACGUGUGGGGAACCUGACCAUCGUAGCUCGUGAUGCUGACAACGUGAGGAGGGUUCUAUCUCAGAUGGAGAAGAUUGUCAGGGUAACCUGGUCCAACCCUCCCUCCCAGGGUGCCAGGCUAGUCGCCAUCACACUCAACACAGCUGAACUCUUCGCUGAAUGGAAGGAUAAUGUGAAGACCAUGGCAGACCGUGUGUUGUUGAUGAGGGCUUCACUCCAGGCUAAACUACAGGCUCUGGGAACACCAGGAACAUGGGACCACAUCACACAGCAGAUCGGCAUGUUCAGCUUCACUGGCCUCAACCCUAAACAAGUGGAGUACAUGAUCAAGGAGAGGAGUAUCUACCUAAUGGCCAGCGGUCGUAUCAACAUGUGUGGUCUGACCACUAAGAACAUCGACUAUGUGGCCAAGUCUAUCCACGAGACUGUUGUCAACGUCCAGUAGAAGACAAUAAUACCCUUAGCACUGGCCCCUGUCCACCACCAGCAGUGUGUGUGUAUAAUGUAUUAGACCAAGGGGGAGCCAGGUACGGGCCACAUACGGCCUGCGAGACAUUGAAAAAAAAAUAUAUAUAUAUAUUUUUUUAUAAAUCUUUUUUUUUUCUCCCCAAUUUCAUGGUAUCCAAUUGGUAGUUAAAGUCUUGUCCCAUCGCUGCAACUUCCGUAUGGACUCGGGAGAGGCGAAGGUCGAGAGCCGUGCAUCCUCCGAAACAUGACCCGACCGAGCCAACCGACCAUGACCCGACCGACCCAGAAGCCAGCCGCACCAAUGUGUCUGAAGAAACACUGAACACCUGGCGACAGUGUCAGUGCGCAUGCGCCUGGCCCGCCAAACGAGUCGCUAGAGCGCGAUGGGACAAGGAAAUCUCGGGCCUGCCAAACCCUCUCCUAACCCGGACGACGCUGGGCCAAUGCCUCAUGGGUCUCCCAGUCACUGCCAGCUGUGACACAGCCUGGGAUCGAACCCAGGUCUGUAGUGCGAUGCAGUACCUUAGACCGCUGCAUCACUCGGGAGGCCCACGCAAAUUAAUUUUAACAAACAAUUGGUCCCCCAAAAAUGCGCCCCUCUGUUGAAUUUCAAAAUCCCAAUUUGUCCCUCGAGACAAAGUUUGCCACCCCUGUGUUAGAUCAAACACACAGAAGCCCCCUUCCUAACUCCCAGCGCACCACUGUACGCUGAGCUGAUAAUGUCACUGCCUGUCUACAGAUAUAUUCUAUUUUAACCCUUAAACUAAUGCACAAGGCAGCGUAACAGUUAAAGACAAGUCUUAAUCAUUUGUCUGUGUGGCUCUGUGUGUUUGUCAUCCCUGUGUGUCUUCAUCAAUACUGCUUGCAGUGGAGAGGGGUGUCAUUUCCUUUUGAAUGUUUGUGUUCAGUGGUGUCACGAAUAAGCAGUCUGUGUCAGGACAUUGUAGAUGCUGUGUGGUUCCACACUAAGGCACUGACUGGGUGUCUCUCGACACUUUGAAAUGGCUUCCUUUCCUCAUCUCCUUCAUUGAAACUGAUUUUUUUUCCACCUGUCAUGUACAGCCAGAUCAGUGAUCAUGGAGGGAAGGACACAAGGAAAGGAGAUAUGGAAAAUAAGCUAUAGUGUUUAAACAAUGAGACACAGGCCAAGUGUAUCUGGGUGUAUUAGACUAGCUGGUGAUGAGGAUCUUCCUUUGCUUAAUCAUGUUAUUAACAUUACAAUGUGAUUAGUAUUGCUGGAGUCGUUCUUGAAUUGCUGUGGCAUUGGGGACUGGCGUUUUGGCAAAACAAUUGACUUAAUUAUUCUAGAUUUAGUUUAUUUAAAUGUGUUUUAGUGUAUCCUCCCAUUCAACAUCAACUAAGAUGACUGCUUAAUGACAUUAUGAUAACAUUGUGCCAUCGGUAGGAGUAGUAACACCAAUGAGAAAUUUUAGGUUAUUUUCUUAAAUUGAUGCAACAUAUACUCAAAUCUAAAGUCAUUAGCUCUUUGAAAAUCAUUUUUGACAUGAUUAAUCAUUUAGCUCACAGUGUAAUGUCCCUACAUUUUAAAUUGAAUAACAGAGGGACACUUUGGAUUUCGACAUACCAAAGUAUCAAUGGAGUCUUUCAAAUGUAUGACAUACUGGGUGUGAUUUAAUUAACAAUUCUCUUCAAUAUAGACCCCUCCCUGAUACGUUUACCACUGGAGGGAAUGUUCAAGGUUCUUGUUUAUAUUUGCAAUGAGUGAUUGUCAAGGCAGGAACACCAAAGACAGACACCUGAGGGACAGACAUACUAUUUUAAAAUAAAUAGUUAUUUUAAUAGCC